AUGACCUGGAGCGCGCUGCGCGACAGCAUCGCCUGCAACAGCUCCAUGGGGCGAUUCGAAUCGGAGUCUCAGAGCACAGCAGAGGCCGCGGCUGCAGGAGGAGCAGAAGAAGAUCCACAUGCCAUGCGCCUCCCAGAGCAGGCGAGUACGCAAACGGAGUGGGUGCAAGGUUCUUGGCUACCUGCAGCUCCGGGGCUUCGCCAUGUGCUGGCAAACUUGAAUGGAUGCGCAGCUGGUGCUCGAGGACCUCGGGUCGCACGUGAAGGCAGCUCCUUGCAGGUCAUGGAGGAUCAAACAGACUCCUGA